UUAUCAGUCAUUGAAUAAAUCCCCUUGAUUAAUUACAUUUGUCAAAAUGUCUAGUUUUCUUAGGUUCAAGAACUAUGCAGUCAAGCCUUUAGAUAACGCGAUUACAUCAUCUAGAUUGUUAAUACAAUAAAAUCAACCACAGGAAAUCAUUAAUGUGUCAUGUAUCAAUCCAUUGUCUGGUUAAAUUUGCGUACCCUUAUCGUGUCACUUUUGUUCUCUUCAGGUCAACAUUGGUCAAUCACUUUUGAAGGUUGGAUGUUGAUUUUCAUACUCCUUUUCACAUCAGUCUAAGCGCCCUGAAAAUAUAAAAGUGAAAUUUAAAGGGGGAGAGGUGGAUGAAAGUAGAAGUCCCAACAAAUUCAUAGACCAAUCAGAAGCUGAGUUGAAAUGAUAAAAAUUCAUUUUAAUUAUUUCAUGGGCUAAGUCAUAGCACUAAAUAUCUUCAACGUGUUUUGAAUCUAUUGUUAAGAGUGAGGAGCAUUCAAAAUCAUUGCGUCUUAAAUAUUCUAACAGUUUUCAAGGUAUUAUACCAUAACGACAACUUUGGGUUCAAUUUACUAAAUGGAUCAAUUUAACGGUCGACUGCAUAGAUUUUACUCUCCCAUUGCCAGUGAAAUAGAUGAAGAAAAUGUAUAUCCACCGCUAAGUGGAGGACUAUACAAUCAUAAUCGAUUGAAUCGGAUGACGUUUUUCUCAACAACUUCAUCAAAUUCAUCUCUAGCCUCAGGAUUGUCGGAUACAAAUUUUACUAAUUUAGAACAGACCGCAGCUACCGGUAACAGUAAUAGUACAACUAAUCGUUUUGGAUUCUCUGAUGGAUUAAUAAAUCUUGAACAUUCCACUAGUGACAGACAGCAUUUAAAUGCAGUCUGGACUAAUAAUUCUCAUAGCUCUUCCAGAUUUAUGUGCAAUCCAUUGAAUGUUUAUGAUGUUGACGAGAAUCUACCAUCAGUUACAAACUAUGAACAGUACAAACAAACAUAUAGUCGUAAUUUUAUACAAAAUACUAAUGAUACUAUUAGUAAUGAUACUGAAGCAUCUCCAUACUGUUCAAUUGUAUCAUUUCAAAAUAAUAUGAAUGGACAAAAUUUUUGUGUUAAUUGUCGUUACAAUCACGUGAUGAUGAAUGGACAAUUGUGUUCGUGUAAUUGUCAUAAUGAGUCGAAAGAAGUCAUGACAACACCAAUAUUAAAUUUUAAUAACAAUCCGAAGAAUGCUCAUUAUAUAAAUCGACCCUUGUCGCCUGAUAAUUAUCCGACACCGACUAAACAUUCAUGGAAUAGCACAUCAUCAUUAUCAGAAUCAAUGACACAUCCAGUUCUCCCUCCACUUACAAAUGCACUAACUGAACAACGAAAUAAUAACUCCGUUAAUAAUCAUAAUACAUUCCGUUAUUUUGGUGUAUCUUCUUCCAUUGCAACUGAUGAUUCACCGAGUGGAUAUGAAUCAUCGUCUCCAUCCGCUUUAGAUAUAACCGGUGAUGUAAGAACAGUAAAUUUUGUUUCUCACGAUCAACCUCCAUUGAUAACAUGAUGACGGUGAAGUUGGCAAUGAUAAUAAUGCAUUUAUCAUUGUUUAUUUUAAAUUAAUUUGAUUUUCUUUUAUAGAUAUAAUAAUAAUGUGCUGAUGCUUACACAGAGAUAAUAGAACGAAGAACGCGAAAUUGUUGAACACUUAAAAUUCUACAAAAUAGAUUUUGAACAAUAGUUAUA